AUGACUCUCUCAGUAAGAGGAGUUGUCAAACUCUUCAGGGCUGUGAAGCGUGAAAAGGAGCUAAAUCGGCAGAUUCUUUCCUUUUCAAUUUCGCAUGAUCAUCGAAUGGUGAGGAUCUACGGUCACUAUCCAGUGAUUGAUGGAAAUAAGACCACCUAUUACCGUCACCCCAUUCAUGAGUUUAGUUUCGCAGCGCUGGAUGGCAAAGAGAAAUGGACAUCCUAUAAGUUCGUGAGGGCCUGCGACUGGGCGCUUUCUCACUUCAAAAGGUUGUGCUCGGCUAUUAAUGGGCUACCGGAGAUUAACCCAGACGUAUCACAGCAGCCUGAAAUAUUACCGCAGCCCGAGCCGGGUUUUUCAGAAUCAACUGGACUUUCACAAGGAAUUGAGGGUGUCGAUGUACAAGAUUCAAGCUUUACAUCUGGAAGAGGAAGCCCAGCCAUCUCCCCCGAUUCACAGGUUCCCCCCUCAGGUCCUCCGCGGGAAAAUGAAGGGAAAUCCUCAGAAGCAUUCAAGUUGCCCCAGAAAAGACGCAAAUAG